AGAGAACUGGACAGGAUUGCAGAUUCUUAAGGAUGUCGACAUGGAAUUGUACACAGGACUCCAGAGACUGACAAUAAUAAACUGCAGUUUACGGACAAUCCAGGCACGUGCAUUUACGCAGAACCCUCACCUGCGCUACAUAAACCUGUCCAAGAACCCUCUGACGACACUCUCUUGGCAGCUUUUUCAGCACCUUCAGCUGGUCGAACUGAGGCUGGAGGGGGUCGUCUUUGACUGCGGCUGUGAGAUCCGAUGGAUUCAGCUCUGGCAGCUGCAAGGUGAGGCCGGCCUGCACACCCAGCACCUCUACUGCAAGAACGGCGCAAGCAAGAUUCGUCUGAGAUCAAUGAGCAUUGCCCAGUGUGACCUGCCAGAUAUCAGCGUUGCUCACAGUAACCUGACUGUGCUGGAGGGUGGUAACGUGAUGCUCAGCUGUAACGGCUCUGGGUUUCCGGUACCUGAGGUGGACUGGACUGUGAACGGCCUUCACUCCAUCAACACGCACCAGUCAAAUGUCUACUGGCCCAACAUCCACUCCAUCAACCUGACGCUGGUCAACGUGAGCAGAGACGACAAUGGGUUUGUUCUGACCUGCAUCUCUGAGAAUGUGGUCGGGAUGACCAACGUGUCUCUUCAGCUGGCUGUGCUAUUUCCGCCAGUAAUCCUGAAGCUGGACGAGCCGGAGCGGCGGCAUCACACCUGCAUUGAGUUCACUGUGAGGGGCUUUCCCCAUCCCACACUGCGCUGGUUCCACAAGGGCCGCGCGAUCCUGCAGAGCGAGUAUAUCCGCAUAGAGAUGGAGUACUACCAAGAUUACUUGGAAGGCUGCUUGACUUUUCAGAACCCAACACAUUACGACAAUGGAAACUACACCCUAGUAGCCUCUAACUCUCUCGGGUCAGUCACCAAAACCGUAUAUGGCUAUUUCCUUGAGCCACCGUUCAUUGAGGAUGAUGGAAUAAUUGAGUACACUCCAACACCUGAAGAUGAGGCGAAGAGUCCUGAAGAAGAUUCAUUCAGAAUGUCGAUUGCUGUUGGUCUGGCUGGCUUUGGCUGCGUCUUCCUCAUUGUGAUUUUCGUCCUCAUCAACAAAUACAGCAGACGCAACAAAUUUGGGAUAAAAGGCCCAGUGGCAGUCAUCAGCGGUGAGGAAGACUCUGCAAGCCCUCUUCAUCAUGUCAACCAUGGUAUUGUCACACCCUGCUCUCUCGAUGCGGGACCUGAUGCCGUCGUAAUCGGCAUGAGUCGCAUUCCUGUCAUCGAGAACCCGCAGUACUUUCGACAUGGACACAACUGCAACAAGCCGACCACUUAUGUGCAGCAUAUUAAACAGAGGGACAUUGUUCUGAAGAGAGAGCUGGGCGAGGGAGCUUUCGGGAAGGUGUUUCUGGCCGAAUGUUACAACCUCAGCCCCACCAAAGAUAAGAUGCUGGUGGCUGUGAAGACUCUCAAAGAUCCCACCCUGACUGCCAGAAAAGACUUUCAACGGGAGGCCGAGCUCCUCACCAACCUCCAGCACGAGCACAUUGUGAAGUUCUAUGGUGUGUGUGUGGACGGCGACCCUCUCAUCAUGGUGUUUGAGUACAUGAAGCAUGGAGACCUCAAUAAGUUUCUGAGAGCCCAUGGUCCAGACGCCAUGAUCCUCGUGGAUGGCCAACCGAUGCAGUCUAACGGGGAACUUGGUCUCUCACAGAUGCUUCAUAUCGCUACACAGAUAGCAGCAGGCAUGGUCUACCUGUCCUCCCAGCAUUUUGUGCACCGUGACCUGGCCACCCGCAACUGCCUCGUGGGUAACGGCCUGCUCGUGAAAAUUGGGGACUUCGGGAUGUCCAGAGACAUCUACAGCUCAGAUUACUAUCGAGUGGGAGGUCACACCAUGCUGCCCAUACGCUGGAUGCCUCCGGAGAGCAUCAUGUACAGGAAGUUCUCCACCGAGAGCGAUGUAUGGAGCUUCGGAGUCAUUAUGUGGGAGAUCUUCACCUAUGGGAAACAGCCAUGGUUUCAGUUAUCCAAUAAUGAGGUCAUUGAAUGCAUUACCCAAGGUCGGGUUCUAGACAGGCCUCGCCUGUGUCCUAAGGAAGUGUACGACCUCAUGUUAGGCUGCUGGCAAAGAGAGCCGCAACAAAGACUGAACAUCAAAGACAUUCAGAAAGUCCUUUAUGCUCUGGGAAAAGCCACGCCUGUCUACUUGGACAUCCUCGGCUGAGACUGGUGCGACGUCUCAUCAGAACCCAACACAAUCCAGGAAUAACCAAACAAGCCCUUUUCCCCGCGUCGGCGCUCCACUGUAAAACCACCAACACGAUGGAGAUGGACUUUAAGUGCCUGCAACACU